AUGCUCUCUCUCUGGCACGGCCUCAAGACCAAGGGCAGGACCCCCGAGGAGAGGCCCGCGUGGCCCCCGGAGCAGGUGUGCGAUGGUGCGGAGCCGCGGAGGCAGCAGCGCUCCGACCUCAACGGGCCCCUGGAUAACAACAACGUCCCCGAGACAAAGAAGGCGGCAUCCUUCCCCAGCUUCGUGGCCGGUAAGCGACGUUGGACCUUCUCGCGGGUCGUGUGUGUGAUGGCGAAGCAAGUGGUGCUGACUUGGGGGCCUCCUGCAGCGCCUGUGGAGAGGGCUCUCUGUGGGGUGCAGGUGGCGCUGGGACCGGGCGAGGUCCCCGCGCAUGUGGUCACUCGUGGGCUGCAGAGCCCGUGUCGGGGUGUGGCUGUCACCCCUUUUUCAUCCUCUCGUCCGUUGACCCUGAGGUUGCUUCCGUGUCUCGGCUGCCCUGCCUGCUGUGCCCUCCUCAGCCUCGCCCUCGGGCCCUGUGCCCACUGGGGGUGGCCGCUCCCCGUCCCCUGGGCAGGAGGUCCGAGCGCUGGGGUGUGGACCCCGACACGCUCUAACUCUGCGCCUCCUGUCUCCUCCCCACGCUGCCAGAGGAUGCAGAAAGCGGCUAAGAUUAAGAAGAAGGCGCACGCCGAGGGGGACGCGCAGACGCUGACGGAGGUGGACCUGUUCAUCUCCACCCAGAGGAUUAAGAACAGUGCGGACACACAGGAAACCAUGAUGGACCACGCCCUGCGCACCAUCUCCUACAUCGCGGACAUCGGGAACAUCGUGGUGCUCAUGGCGCGGCGGCGCAUGCCCCGGGCGGCCUCGCAGGACUGCAUCGAGACCACGCCGGGCGCCCCCGAGGGCAAGAAGCAGUACAAGAUGAUCUGCCACGUGUUCGAGUCCGAGGACGCGCAGCUCAUCGCGCAGUCCAUCGGCCAGGCCUUCAGCGUGGCCUACCAGGAGUUCCUGCGCGCCAACGGCAUCAACCCCGAGGACCUGAGCCAGAAGGACUACAGCGACAUCAUCAGCUCCCAGGAGAUGUACAACGACGACCUCAUCCACUUCUCCACCUGGGAGAACUGCAAAAGCAAACCAGGCUCAGGGUUGAGUCCAGGAGUCUUUGCUCCCGGGGGGGGUGGCGGUGGCAGCCCCGGGCACCUCCUGCCCACCGUGAUCCUGGCCAACAUGCUCAACGGGGGCCCCGCCGCCCGCUCGGGGAAGCUGAGCAUCGGGGACCAGAUCAUGUCCAUCGACGGCACCAGCCUGGUGGGGCUGCCCCUCGCCACCUGCCAGGGCAUCAUCAAGGGUCUGAAGAACCAGACGCAAGUGAAGCUCAACAUCGUCAGCUGCCCGCCCGUCACCACGGUCCUCAUCAAGCGGCCGGACCUCAAGUACCAGCUGGGCUUCAGCGUGCAGAACGGGAUCGUGAGUCCGCUCCCCGGGACACGCUAGGGUCUGGGCGCAGGUCCG